AUGAGUCAAAGUACAUCAAGAAAUGAUCAUUUGCCGCGCCUGGAGUUGCCUCGAUUCAGCGGGGCGGUUACAGAAUGGAUCGCGUUCAAAACGCGAUUUGAAAGACGCAUUGUCUCCCUCGUUGAGGAUGCGGAAAGAUAUGCGUUUCUGAAUAAAUGUAUGGAGCGGUUCGAGCCCGCUCGUAACAUGUGUGAAGCGCUCGAAAACUCUGGCGUUUCUUUCGCGGAGGCAUGGCAAAAGGUAGAAGAACGCUUCUACAAGAAAAGGAUUGCAUUCGAGGGACACAUCCUCAAAACGCUAAAAAUCAAGAAAGGGCAAAAACUCUUUUCAAUAGGGAUUCUCUCCCUAAUAGACACGAUCGAUACUAUGAUCACAACAACAAGGCAAAUAGCAGAUGAGGACAAUGCAUCCCUUGCCUGCAUCGCUAAUGGACUGCUAGUGUGUAUUGCAAAGGAAAGACUAGAUGAGGUCACAUUAGCAAAGAUGGAGGAGAAACUAGAUCUCCAAACAAUAUACACUUGGAAACAAUUCAAAAGCGAACUAGAGAAACACGCAAAUCAACUUGUGUGUCGCUCGUUAGGCGAAACGAGCAAAUCAACAGUGCCGCCGAAAGCCAUGUUGAUUGCCGCGGCAAGCGCGAAAUCGUCUGGAAACAAUAAAACCACAUUAUAUACCAAUUGUACGAUCUGCCAAAAUUCAGAGCACAAGGCAUACGCUUGCCCUGAAUUUGAACCACUAACUCCGAAGCAACGGCUUGAAGUAGUGAAGCAAAGAAGCGUGUGUUUCAACUGUUUGCAGCGGGGACAUGGCGUAGCGAAUUGCAAGUCGGCUGCGCGCUGCAAGCAAUACCAAAAGAAACACCACACAAUGAUUCACCUAGAUCGGGAACCAGACCCCGAUAAGCAAUUGAAGGAACCUCAGCCUUCUACUAGUCGCGAAUGA